AUGGCGGACGCGGCGGCUCUGAGCGGAGAGGACAAAGAGGAGGAUGGAGGGAAGAGAGCCGCCACGGCAGAGACCCUGGGCUUCUAUGAGAGGACCGACGGGAGGAGGGCGAGGGAGAGAGGAGGAACCUGUCUGAUCUUUCAUUAUUCAGGUUUAUCAGCGCUGAACUCACCCGGGGUUACUUCCUGGAACAUAAUGAAGCAAAAUACAAGGAAAGGAGAGAGCGGGUGUACACUUGUCUGAGAAUACCCAGAGAGCUGGAGAAGCUGAUGUUCUUUGGGUUCUUCCUGUGCCUCGAUGCUUUCUUGUAUGUUUUCACAUUGCUCCCUCUGAGGGUCCUGCUGGCAUUUAUCAGGUUCAUUACACUGCCUUGUUGUGGAUUAAGUGAUGGUCGGUUGCUGCAGCCAGCUCAGGUCUGUGACAUAUUGAAGGGAGUGAUACUAGUGAUAUGUUACUUCAUGAUGCACUAUGUGGACUACUCCAUGAUGUACCACCUCAUCAGAGGACAGUCCGUCAUCAAGCUUUAUAUCAUCUACAACAUGCUUGAGGUUGCAGAUCGCCUCUUUUCAUCUUUUGGACAAGAUAUUUUGGAUGCUUUGUACUGGACAGCUACUGAGCACAAAGAGAGGAAGCGAGCUCAUCUUGGUGUCAUCCCUCAUUUCUUCAUGGCUGUGUUGUAUGUCUUUUUACAUGCAAUCCUAAUACUAGUGCAAGCCACGACUCUCAAUGUGGCCUUCAACUCUCACAACAAGUCCUUGCUGACCAUUAUGAUGUCCAACAAUUUUGUAGAGAUAAAAGGGAGCGUGUUCAAGAAAUUUGAAAAGAACAAUCUCUUCCAAAUGUCAAAUAGUGAUAUAAAAGAAAGAUUCACAAACUAUGUGCUACUACUGAUUGUAUGUUUGCGAAACAUGGAGCAGUUCUCAUGGAAUCCAGAUCACCUCUGGGUGUUGUUUCCUGAUGUGUGUAUGGUAAUUGCAUCAGAGAUUGCCGUGGAUGUUGUAAAACAUGCCUUUAUAACCAAGUUUAAUGACAUCACUGCAGAUGUGUACAGUGAAUACAGAGCCAGUCUUGCCUUUGAACUUGUGAGCAGCCGCCAGAAAAACGCUUACACUGACUAUAGUGAUUCUGUCUCCAGGCGUAUGGGCUUUAUUCCUCUCCCUCUUGCAGUGCUUUUAAUCAGAGUGGUUACCAGCUCAGUUAAGGUGCAAGGUGUCCUGGCAUACGCCUGUGUGGUUCUCUUUUACUUUGGGCUGAUAACAUUGAAAGUCUUGAACAGUAUCCUAUUGCUUGGGAAGUCCUGCCAGUAUGUAAAGGAGGCCAAAAUGGAAGAUAAGCUGUUCCAGUCACCUCCUACGGCUACACCAGGAAAAACACCAAGAAAGGCUCAAAACAAAUCCAAAACAAACCAAGGAGUCCCUACAGAUGAUGCCCCCAGCACAUCCGUCACUAACCAGCCUGCACGUCAGAAUUCCACCGUGCCACUUCUUGUACAGAGUAACCCUGACCAGUUCCUGACUACACCAGAUGGAGAAGAGAAGGACAUUACACAGGAUGGCACAGAGCUAAAACACAGAUCGGCUAACAAAGACCUACUUGAGAUUGACAGGUUCACCAUCUGUGGGAACAGAAUUGACUAA